CGCUCCUUCCGGGGUGGAGUGCAACGUGAGCCAACCUAACUCGAACCUCAACCUGACAUGGCACUUUCCCAAACACUGAUGAAUGCAAAAUGCGCUUCAAGACAGAUCUCAAGAAUGUCAGGACUUUCUCAAAGCUUACCGCAGCGCUCAACUCGCUUGAGAAAAUCGCGUGGGUGCGUCUUGACGAUGACACGGUCCGGUUUACCGUAAUCCCGGAUACCGGGUCCCAAGUAUGGGCCUCUCUCUCGGUUGACCUGAUUUUCGACAAUUACCACAUCCAAUCUGCAGAAGCGAACAACACCAUCAACCUCGAACUCCCCCUGGCGCCCCUGCAGCGCGCUCUCAAAUCCGCCGUCGGCAGCAGCUAUGCCAACCUGCGCCUGACUAAGCGCGAUGGCAUCCCCAUGCUGUCCAUGACCAUCCACACCAUGACCAAAGACGGCGCCCAAGACGCCCGCGGGUUCGGCGCUCCCGGUGGAGGACGACACCACCCGCACUCCGCCCAUCCCGACCCCGACGAUACCUUCGCCGACCCGGACGUCUUCCAGCAGGAAUCUCUCGAGCUCACCAUGAAGCGCGAGCGCGAGAAGAUCAUCACGCAGGACAUCCCCGUGCGCGUGCUGCACCCGGAGACGGUCGAGACCAUCAUGCAGCCCAAGGUGCGCGAGCCGGACGUGCACAUCCAGCUGCCGCCUCUCCUCCAGCUCAAAGCCAUCUCAGACCGCUUCACCAAGCUGGCCCUCACCACGACCGGCACCACGACCGGCACCGGCGGCACCUCCCGGAGCGGCGCCGGCGCCCAGAACCCGAAACUCACGCUGUCGGCCAACAUGCACGGCUCCCUGCGGCUGCGGCUGACUACCGAGACGCUAGACAUCACGUCGGUGUGGAACGGGCUCGAGAACCCGGAGCUGGACCCGUCGCAGCUCGCGAUGCCGCUCGAGGAGCACCCGAGCACCAAGUUCAAAGAGGCCGGUCCCGACAAGUGGGCGACGGUGCGGGUGGACGGGAAGGACUGGAGCCGGGUGCUGAGCGUGGGCCGGCUGGAGGGGAGGGUCAUCGCGUGUUUCGCCGACGACCACGCGCUGAUCCUGUAUGUCUACGUGCCGCAUGUGGAUGAUGUCGGGGCGGAGGAUGUGGUCACGUAUUAUGUUUCCAGCUAUAGCGCUUGAGCAAAUUGUUGUGGCGGAGGGGAUGAUGCGGUUGCUUGGUUUGUUUGGCUGGCUUGGGGGCUGCUACUGGAUUCUUGGGAAGGUAGGGUUCUGAUGUCAGAGAGGGAUGAUUGCUACCUAUCUUACGCGGAAGUUUCGGGCGUUUGGACGGCUAGAAUGGGGGGCUUUCAUGCAGUACACGGCGUCAGAAGGUAUUGGCUUGUGCAGAGUAAGGAUGCCAUGUCGGUAGCGGACAGAUGAGCAUAUUCGUCAUUGCUACUACUAGGGUGAAUCAGGUCCCUGUCAGGCGUGAGGUUCUUCGCUCUGGUGUACGUGCCUUAGCAUGUAUCUCCGUUCUUAGAUUUCUUGGAACUGUCGCCAG